ACCCACGAUCCACCAGGUCACCGCACGAUCGGCAGCGCAACUGCCUCCUCCCGCGGCAGGCACCACCUCCACCUCCUCCACGACCACGCUCCGCCCGCCGUCGUCGGCGCCUCCUGCUCUCCUGCCCACAUAUACUCCGACUCCACCAGCCGCCCCUCCGUCUUUCCUCCUACAGCCUCCAGAUCUCCCUCCCGUUCACACACACUCGCACGCGCGCGGAGAGACCCCAAGGCGCAAGCGCAAGCAAAGCAUCCUCCCCCCAUGGCGCCUCUGCUCCUGCUUUUCCUCCUCGGCGGCCUCUGCGCCCUCUUCUCCCUCACCACCUCCUCGCGCGCCGCCGCCGCCGCCAAGAAUUGCGGCGACGUCAAGAGCGGCGCCAAGAGCGGAGACGCCGGCAAGGACGGCAGCGAGGGGGAGGAGGCGGCGCGGCGGGAGGGGGCGAGGAAGCAGGCGCGGCCCGACCCGGAGGCGGACCUGGGCAUCGUGUUCUCCACGUUCGACCACGACGGCGACGGCUUCAUCACGGCGGUCGAGCUGGAGGAGUCGCUGCGGAGGCUCGGCAUCGCCGUGUCCACCGACGAGGCCGCCGCCAUGGUGGCGCGCGUCGACGCCAACAGCGACGGGCUCAUCGACAUCCACGAGUUCCGGGAGCUCUACGACUCCAUACCCAAGAAGAGGAAGCACCAGCACCCCGCCGCCGCUCUCGGCGCGGCAAGGGAGGUGCCCGUGGAGGACGCGGAGGAAGAGGAGGCCGAGGAGGAGGAGGAGGAGGAGAGGGACCUGCGGGAGGCGUUCGACGUCUUCGACGGCAACAAGGACGGGCUCAUCUCCGCCGAGGAGCUCGGCACCGUGCUGGGCUCCCUCGGCCUGCGCCGCGCCGGCGCCGGCAGGCCCGCCGUCGCCGAGUGCCGCGACAUGAUACGCCUCGUCGACAGCGACGGCGACGGCAUGGUCAGCUUCGAGGAGUUCAAGCGCAUGAUGACCGUCGUCAAGGCCUAAAUUCAUCGGGUUGGUAGCAGAAGCGCGAUCGAUUAACACCAGGAGCUCGUAUUUGUUUAUGGGGAGUUGGAAGCUGGAGUAGCUUAUUGCUCGGUGUUUCUCCCCUGUUCUUGAAUCUUGAUCACUUCCUCCUCCUCCUCCUUUUCGGUCUAAUUAUUCCAUACUACUUUUUAGUUCUGGUUACUGUUUUGACUGACAAGCAUCAGACAUGUAUGUAAAUAUUAGUUCUUGCUCGCUGUCAGGUUGAUCUGUGGAAAAAGAACAACAGGAUGAAUGGAAAUCCCAACGAAUAUGACUUUGUUUAUUCUC